AUGACAGUGAUGAGAGAAGUGAGAGACAGAAUAGACACAGAUGAACUGAUCAGCAGAAGGAAUAACACCUCACUACAAGGUGCAGUGACUAUCACCACAGCUGCAAAAGAAGCAGAAGAAGAAGAAGAUGUGACAAUGAGAGUGAUACUCUCACAGCUCAUUGAUACUGUCAUCUUCAUCUUCAAUCUGACUUUCUUAGCAGUCAUGGAGGCCGCCGCCGCAUCAUGA